UUUUUUUUUUUUCUUAUCAACAACUGUUUAUACCAUACUAAAAAGAAUAUUCAAAUAGAAAGACUAUACAUAUAUAUAUAUAUAUCAAUAAACAACUUUAUGGAUAACUCAAUUACAAGACGCUCGUCCAUUGAUUCUGCUACUGAACGAACUCCUCUUGUCAAUGCUACUGGGAAGUUUGUUCAAGAUCAAGAUCCUUCUUCAUGGUCCAAGGAAUUCAAAUGGCUUUUGAAGAAUUGUAUUCCUGUCAUUGGUACUUACAUGUUACAAAAUUCAUUACAAAUGGCUUCUGUAUUCACACUUGGUCGACUGGGUGCUACUCAACUUGCUGCCGCAGCUCUUGGUUCAAUGUUUGCUUCUGUUAGUGCGUGGAGUAUAGCUCAUGGUAUGACUACAGCAUUAGAUACUUUAUGUAGUCAAGCAUGGACAGGGGCAAAGGACAAAACAUUGGUGGGCGUACAUUUACAACGAGCUUUAGUUAUCUUGGGUCUCAUGUUUUUACCUAUUGCUGGUAUUUGGUGGAAUGGUGAACGUAUUUUAUUGGCUUUGAAUCAAGAACCUGAAUUGGCGGAACAUGCAGGAAUGUUUUUACGAUAUCUUAUGUUUGGAGCUCCAGCUUAUAUUGCUUUUGAAGCUGUCAAGAAAUAUCUACAAGCCCAAGGAAUAAUGCAGGCUUCUACUUAUGCAUUAAUUAUUGCUUCACCGAUCAACUUGAUGUUGAAUUAUUCCUUGGUCUUUUUAGAACCUUUCAAACUUGGAUUUAUCGGUGCUCCUCUGGCUACAAGUAUCAGUUACUGGAUAAUGUUAACACUAUUAUUACUUUAUAUUCAAUUUGUCGAUGGUCUUGCUGCUUGGGGUGGAUGGACUCGCGAAUGUUUAUCUGAUUGGGGUCCUUUCUUACGUCUUGGUUUACCUGGUGUUAUCGCUAUAUCUGUAGAAUGGUGGAGUUUCGAACUUAGUGCUUUGGCAGCUUCUUAUCUCAGUACUGUGGAUCUUGCCGCUCAAUCUAUCUUGUUGACAUCUGGUGCUGCCACUUAUACUAUUCCAUAUGGUAUCGCUGUUACCAUCUCUAAUCGUGUGGGAAAUGCUCUUGGUGAAGGUGCUGCUAUCAAGGCUACUCGUGCAUCCUCUAUGGCCCUUAUUUUUGCCGUUGUUUUUGGUACUCUCAAUUCACUUUUCUUCAUUCUCACUCGAUCUUGGUUUGGUUACUUGUUUACCUCUGAAGAAGAUGUUGUUCAACGAGUCAGUGUCAUCUUACCUAUUUGUGCUCUUUUCCAAAUUAGUGAUGGUGUUGCCGGUGUAGCUAGUGGUAUCAUCCGUGGUUUGGGUAGACAAAAAGUAGCUGCUUAUUUGAAUGUGUUCGCUUAUUAUGCUGUGGCUGCUCCUAUUGGGUACGUACUCACCUUCAAAUUGGGAAUGGCAUUGACUGGUUUAUGGACUGGUUUGACAAUCGCUCUCUUUCUCAGCGCUGGUUCGCAAGUUAUCUUUUUAUGGAUUAUUGAUUGGCAUGCUGAAGCAAAGAAGAUUCAUCAUCGUAUUCAAAUUGCUGAGCAAAAACUCCACCAUGAAGAUAUAGAUUCCAUUGAUUCCACCGAACCAUUGUUGAAUGCAUAAAUCAAACUCGACAUCCAAGACAUGAUCAUCCAUUUAUUUCAAUUUGUUUAUUAUCACAUAUAUUUACCUGUUGCACUGUCCGACAAUACAUUUGAACAUAUGAACUCUUCAUUUUUAUAUAUACACAGUGAAUUUCCCUCUAUUUUUUAGUUUAUUGCCUUUUUACAAUAGUAUUCCCUCUCUUAGUUGACUUAUUUAUUAGCAUGGUACGGAUAUUUGUUUAUAUAUAUAUAUAUAUAUAUGUAAUAAAUAAAUAAAUAAAUGACUGUUUGAAUAUU